AAAAAAAAAAAAAAAAAGGUCCGCAGGAUGACCAGCCCCGCGUGCCGUGCGUGAAUAAACACAUACAGGUCCGAAGCUGUAAACAGUUAAACAAAAAAAAAGAAGAAGAAGAAAGAAAAGAAAGGAAAACAGAAAAAGAAGAAAAGGGGAAAAAAACCUUAGAGCGUGAGGGCUCGGCGGAAACUGGAAAACUUAGGCGCUGUCCAUGGUGCUGAAUUUGAAUAGCCCCUCGCCGUCCCCUUGGGCCGUGGGGGGACCGGCGACCCCGCUGUGAAGCAUCACAUUGUUCGGCGACCUGCUCGUACCUGAGCUCACCGGAUGAUCGAUGAUCCGGAGGUCGGUGGUGAUGGUGUACGAUUUCAACCGGCAGCUUUAGAAGGAUAGCAGACUCGGUCUCGGUUCGCACGGGAGCAUGGAUGAAGGACUUGUGGGAUUAAAAGCCCGAAUGAAGACAACAUGUCUCUGAGGAGGCGGCUCGCUACGUACUUUCACAGGUUAUCUGUUUACUGACCAGAUCGAGCCCGAUUCAGCCAGAAGCAGCAGGAGGAGCAGGAGUCUCAUUCACUCAUCCCUCCAUUCAUGAGAGGAAUUUCAACACGUUGCAAAAAAGAUGAACUGCUGUAAUUUAGUAACCCUUCAAUAAUAGGAGAUUUGCAUUAAAAAAAUAUAUUAACAUUAAUCUAAGAAGAGCAAAUACAUCCACCAAGGCAUGGCUCGUCUUCUUGUUUUUGUCAACUCCGUGGUCCUGUUGCUUUUUGGCAGCGAUGUGUUCUUGGUGGGAGCAAACCGGCCACCAGCUCCUGUCAAUGUGUCUGUCAUGCACCUGCGAGCCGACUCGGCAACUAUAUCAUGGGAAGUUCCAGAGGGGGACAUAAUAAUUGGUUUCUCCAUCUCACAGCAGAGGCAGGAUGGACACAUGCAGCGAUUCAUCCGGGAGGUCAACACAACCAGCCGUUCUUGCGUUCUUUGGGACCUGGAGGAGGAUACAAACUAUAUCAUUCAGGUCCAGUCUAUUGGCCUCUAUGGCGAGAGUCAAGCCAGCAAGAAGGUCCAUUUUCAUACCCUUAAGAAGUCAGACCGCUUCCCUUCCAACAGCUCCAACCAAGAUGACCCCACUGUGCAGGGACUGGACAAGUCUCGACAUCUACAAACUGGAGAGAUGAUCAUAAUUGUCGUGGUCUUGGUUAUGUGGGCAGCUGUUAUUGCCCUAUUCUGCCGGCAGUAUGACAUCAUUAAGGACAACGACUCCAGCAACAAUAAGGAGAAGGCCAAGCCGUCGUCAGAAAGAAGCACGCCAGAGCACCACAGUGGAGGACUGCUAAGGAGCAAGUUUCACCCUUCUGUGCCAUCAAUCAACAUCAUUGAAGUUUGAGAAGAAGAAAGCCAAACUUAAAAUCCCAUCUCUUCUACCAUCAAAGCGUUUCGACCUUUCUCCCUGAUGGGGGGGAUGAAAGUAGAGAAAAGGAGAGAAAUAUACAAGGCUUCUGUUGGUCAUCAGCAGAGAAAAAAAAAAGUGUUGACAAAAUACCUGCAUGCACCCAGUAUUUGUAGGAAAAUGCAACACAAACCGACAGACACACUCCGAAUGCCAUCCAGUAAUCCUAUAGAAAUCCACAAAUGCCUACACACAGAAACACCACAGAGUAAGUACAACAGAAUUCUACUCCUGCGGGUUUAUUGUACAUAGAUUAAUGUUAACCCAUGGUGCAGUUAACAUUGAUGUCUUUGCCAGGUGCUUGGUAUAUUAUUGCAAUACAAUACACACAAUACGACGUAUAAUCUCUGGGAAGCCAGUCUUAGUGACUUUAAAUACGCAGUGUAUUUUUGAUAUUGGCAUGUGCAAUUAGACACCAAGUUCACACGUUAUAGACAAGUGCAAAUAGUAUUAAAAACUGCCUGGUCACUAAUGUAUAUUAUUUUCUGAAUACAGUCAGUAGACUAAUAAGGUGAGAAAGCAAAUACAUUAAUCUAAAAUUAAUUUGCUACAUUUGUUAGUUGUUUUUUUUAACCUAAUAUUAAAAUUGAACUGCCCUGGUCUGGAUGUUUUUCUUCAUACCUCAUGUAAAACAGAUAUCUCUGUACAUACUUCAUCCAUUUCCUAAUAAAGUUGCAUGCAAGUUAUUUGCGUGUAGAAUAGCCUUCAAUGUGCAUUCUAAGCUAGAUGCCCCGAAAUAGGGAAAUAAACAUGAUUGCAGUACAAUUAAGCUCUUAAUGUUUUUAUUCUUCUAUUUUAUCUGCUUUUAGAAAAAGGCACUGUCAUUUAUCAUCCAGUGUUUUAUUUCACAUCUUGUACAUCUUCUGCAAAUUGUAUUUUCUAAAGUGUAAAAUAAAGCUUCUUUUGAAACUCCCA